AUGCUGACAUAUGUUUCACUUGCAGCAGCCAGCGGGAGGAUAGACACAGAACUGCAGAAACAAUUUGAAUCUGAAUGUUCAUAUUGGACUGAAGUGUUGAGAAGAGUUGUGUCUGUUGUCAAGUUUUUAGCAGAGAGGGGACUGGCUCUGAGAGGAGCCAGUGACAAAUUUGGAAGAACUGAUAAUGGGAAUUAUCUGGGAAUACUGGAGUUAAUCAGCGAGUUUGAUCCUUUUCUGAAGUCUCAUAUAGAGAAAUAUGGAAAUGCAGGUUCAGGGAAACCCUCAUAUCUUUCUUCCCAAACAUGUGAGGAAUUUAUUCAGCUGAUGGGUGAUCGUGUUCUAUCAGAAAUAGUGAGUGAAGUAAAAAUGGCAAAAUACUUCUCAGUCUCUGUUGACUCCACGCCAGAUGUGGCACAUUCGACAGCAAGGUGGAAGGUGGUAACAGAUGGACUGCAGCCUAAUGCAAACAAGCGCAUUGAAACAUUGAAGUCCCUUUCGAACACUAGAUGGGCUGCACAUGCAGAUGCCACACAGGCAGUGCAUAUUAACUAUGCAAACAUUAAAAAAUCAUUGAAGAAUAUUGUAAAUGACACAAACCAAAACGCAGCAAUAAGAAAUGAAGCAAGAUCACUUGAUAAAAAAAUGGACAAGCUUGAAACAGCUUUUAUGUGUACAUUUUGGCAUUGCAUUUUGCAGCGCUUUGAAAAAGCAAGUGCAGCUUUGCAGUCUGUGGAACUGGACUUGUGUACAGCUGUGGAUUUGGUAGGAUCCUUGCGGGAGUACAUUGGAGGUCUGAGAGAUCAAUUUGAUAGGUUUGAGUCUCAAGCAAAGAAGUUGUCUCCAACAGUUUCACAAGCUUACAGAGUUACUGGUCGAAGAUCAAAGACUCCAAAACCGUUUUUUGGAGAGAGCGCCACCUCAGAGGUUGACUUAUCAGCUCAACAAAAGUUCUCCACCAGUGUUUUUUUGGUGGUUGUUGACAGAUUGCUUUCUGAAAUCAAUCGCAGGUAUAUUGCAUAUGAUAACCUCAACAACACUUUUGGCUUCCUGAACAAUUUUUCUGGUGUUACUGUUCCAGAGCUAAGAAACAAAGCAUCUCAUCUCCAAAGUAAAUAUUCAGCUGACUUGGAGAUGGACUUUGUGGAGGAAAUUGUCCAGUUUAAAGAUUUUAUU